AUGGGGAAGAAGGAUGAUUCCAGCUAUGCCAUCGUCUUUGACGCGGGCUCCUCCGGCACACGAGUCUACGUAUACAAGUGGAAGAAGGCGGAGGCGGUUCUGAAAAAGGGCAAAGAGAAGCAUCUCACGCGACUGCCAGACAUCGACACGGAGAAGGACUGGCGCAAGAAAGUCCACCCUGGCAUCUCGACAUUCGGCGAGAAGCCUGAGGCUGUGGGACCGGAUCAUCUGAAAGAGCUGUUGGAGUUUGCUGCGGAUAUCGUGCCCGAGAAUGAAGUGGAGAAUACUCCCAUCUUCCUCCUCGCGACGGCGGGCAUGCGAUUACUCCCAGGUCAUCAGCGCGCGGAUGUGCUGAGCCACGUGUGCUCGUAUUUCCAGCAGAACUCCAACUUUCAACUCCCCGACUGCGAUCUUCAUGUGCAAGUGAUUCCUGGCGAGACGGAAGGUCUUUAUGGCUGGAUCGCGGCGAAUUACUUGCUUGGGGGGUUCGAUAAGCCGGACAAGCAUGAUCAUGGGAAGGAGCAUCAUACGUAUGGAUUCUUGGAUAUGGGUGGUGCGAGCGCGCAGAUUGCCUUUGCUCCUAAUGCGACGGAGGCGGAGAAGCACGCGAAUGAUCUUAAGCUCCUGCGGUUGAGGAGGGUGGAUGGCGAGUCGUUGGAAUACAAGGUGUUUGUCACGACUUGGUUGGGUUUUGGUGCGAAUGAGGCACGGAGAAGAUAUGUGGAGCAUUUGCUGGAUGCAUCCCCGAGCGAGCACGAACUACCGGAUCCGUGUCUGCCGGUGGGGAUUACAGUCAAGAAGUCUGGAGAAGAGAUCAAGCCUGGAUCAAUGGAACUGAAGGGUAAAGAGCCGUACCUCCUUGGGACUGGCGAUUUCACGCAAUGUUUGAAGAGCACGUAUCCGUUGUUGGAGAAAGAGAAGGAAUGUGCAGAUCCGCCGUGUCUACUGAAUGGCAUUCACACCCCUGCGAUCGACUUCGAUGUGAAUCACUUCGUUGGUGUAUCGGAGUACUGGCACACCACGCACGAGAUUUUCGCCAUGGCCCACAAGGACAAGGCAUACGACUUCCACACCUACCAGAAGCAGGUGACAGAGUUUUGUUCGAGAGAUUGGGAGGAUAUCGAGCAAGAUGUUGCAAAAGAGAAGUGGGGCCAUAAAGUAGAUGAGAAGACGGUGGAGGAGGUGUGCUUCAAGGCGAGUUGGUUGAUAAACAUGCUUCACGAAGGCAUUGGCAUUCCAAGAGUUGGCAUUGAGGCGGGCAAGGAUGGAUCGAAUAAAACAAAAGAGAUCGUGGACAACGCAAAAGCCCGAGGCUUCUUGGAUCCAUUCCAAGCUGUGGACAAGAUCGACUCGAAAGAAGUCAGCUGGACACUGGGCAAAGUGGUCCUCUAUGCCUCCUCACAGAUGCCUCCAGCAGACGACGGCGUGAUGGCAGUAGGCUUCGGCAGCAACAUCAAAGGCACUUCCCUCCCGGACGACUUCCAAUACCCCGGCGGCCGGAUAUCUCCCCUUCCCAACCUAAACGAAACCCACCCCGAAGACGAAAGCAACGACUGGCACGACAAAAUCCUCGCCAGCAGCUACUCCCGCCGCAUCCCCGGCAUCCUCAUCUUCCUCCUAAUCCUCGCCUUGGCCGUCUACCUCCUCUGCGGCCGCGAACGGCGCCUCUCCCUCUACCACAAACUCCUCACCCUCCUGGGCCGCCCCCCUCGCUCCCCACGCUUCAAACGCCGCGCCAAACCCCCCGGCUUCCUCAGCGCCAAGCUCUUCGGUAGCACGAGUGGCUCCCCCACCUACGACCGCAUCCUCGAAGAAGGCGACCCGGCCGACGACUUCGAACUCGCCGAAGUCUCCUCCACCGACAGCGCCGACAACGCCUCCCAGCGCUACACCGACGCCACGCCCGCCAUCCGCAGCGGCCGCACCUCCGGCAUGGUGACGCCCUCCCUCCGCGGCCUCUCCCCAGACAUCUCGCGCUCCUCGCCCAAAACGCUAGGAUACUUCGACAACCCUCUCCCGCCGGGCUCCUCGCAUGGCUUGGGCAUCGCACCCGCCACGACGCCUUUUGAGCGCGGGGGCUUGAUGAGUCGGAGCGAGAGUAAGGAGCGGUUGGGGCUGGGACUGGGACUGGGCAGUCGGAGCCGCAGGACGAGUCCGACGCGGAAGAGUCCGUUGAUGACGCCUUUUUUGAAGGAGAGUGUCGAGUAG